AUAUAAACUUGUUAAACUGGUAAUCAAUAAACUCGGUUAUGUUUUUGUAGUAACUAGGAAGUAAAAAACGACAUUGUAGAAAAUGGCGGAGGGAGGUAUUGGAUCAGAUGAAUUUGUCAACUUUAAAUGUUGUUUAUGUGAAAAGAAGAAUAUCAAAAAAGAGGCGGAUAUUUAUUGUGUGGAAUGUCAGGAUUAUUAUUGUUCACCAUGUACAGACUUGCACAAAAUGUUUCCUGCAAUGAGCACGCAUCAGUUUAUAGACAAGUCAAGUUUCAACACAGUUACCUUACAGAAAUCGUUGCCAAGUUUUCCAGUUGAAAAAUGUGAAGUUCAUAAAACCAAGCUGCUAGAUAUGUAUUGUGCUGACCACGAUGAUGUAGCAUGUGCAACCUGUAUAGCUAUAAAACACAGAACAUGCCAAAAUAUACAUUCAGUGCCAGAUGAAGUUAAUGACUUGUGUAAGGAGAUUGAUGCUGAUAAAACAAAUAUUGAGCUGAUUCGCAUAAAAACUAAAAUUGAGGAGGCUGAGAAAGUAAAGAAACUUCUUAUCAAAGAGCUCAAUGCACAGAAGGCGAAGGCAACAGAUUCAAUAAGACAAUUCAGAAAAGAAAUGGAACUAAUACUGGACACACUUGAAAAGGCUACAUUAAAAUCUUUAGAUGAAAAGUACAAUAAUGGCAAAGAGAAACUAGAGAACGAGAUUAAAAACCUCCAUAGACAUAUUGAUGAACUCAAAUUAUCAUCACAAAAACUAACAAAGUCAGUUGGGAAUAAAGCACAGGAGUUUGUCGCUGUGAAAACUUCUCGGAAACAAAUCAUUGAGGCUAAUGAAGCAGACGAAGAGUCUAUUACAAAUUCAUCAGAUGUUAAAGUUGAAUUCAUUGCUGAUUCAACAAUAAAGGAUGCUUUAAAAGACUUUAAGGCAUUCGGAUCAAUUUCAGUGAGUACAUGUAAUGCUGAACAUAAAAGAGACAAAAUGUAUGGUGUGAAAAGCAAGAAACAAGUCAACAUCAAACAUGUAAAUGAUAUAGAGACAUGUAGAGUUACUGGUUCAUGUUUCACAGAUGAUGGACUAUUAUUUCUAGCUGACCAUAGAAACAAAACGUUAAAGCUUAUUGAUUUGUCCUCAGAAUCCAUAAAAGAUAAGCUAACUUUUGAAGUAUCUCCAUAUAAAAUUUGUCAAAUAAAUAAAAACGCCUUUGCAGUAAGUUUGACCAAUCAAACCAUUCAAUUUGUUACAAUGGACAACAAACUUAUUACCAACAAACAACUGAAGCUAGAUCAUAACUGUUACGGACUGGCCUACAAAGACAACAAAUUAUUCAUCUCUGAUUCUCGUACAGCGCUGUACAUUUAUGAUAUGAAUGGCACCAUGUUGCAAAAAAUCACAACUGAUAAACAAGGCAAUGAAAUUUUCAAUAACAACAGAGAUAUCAGUGUCAGCAGUGAUGGCAAGAUGAUUUAUGUGGCUGAUUAUGAUAAAGGGCUGAUUGUCCUUGACCUUGAGGGAAAUUACAAGACAACAAUUACUGAUCCUGAUUUUGUUUCCUUACAGGGAGUUUGUACAGACAAACAAGGAAACAUAUUUGUAUGUGGAUGGGGGGAUUCUAAAAUUGUCCAGAUCAAUGAGAAGACUACUGGAAAAUCGGGCGUACUUGGCAAUGUUCGUCAUGGUUAUUCUUGUAGCUUUCAUCUAAAACAUAACAAACUGGCAGUUACUGUUAACAACAGUAAUACAAUUGAGGUGUAUGAUUAACUGUAAAGCCAAUAAAAUUACAGCAAUCAAAACAGUGAUAUUAACCUAAAUAUAAAAUAAGAAAGCUAUUUACACACACUAUUAUCACAGUGUUUGACAACAAAGAAAAAACUUCAAUUUUUUAAUGUAAACAUUUUAAUGCUUUCCUUAAAAUUGAAAUUUCAUUGAAAACAUUUGUCUGUUUUUUUUUUCAAACAUUCAAAAAAAUUUGAAUAUGCUUUACAUUGUUUACUGUGCAAUACCGAAGGAUAUUGAAUGAGUGUAAGUUUAAUACUUAAUUUAUUGAAAAGGUUAAAUAAAAUUAUAUUAUGCGAGCCUCUGACGCACAAAAUAUUAUUUUAUCAAACAAGUUCAAUAAAUUAAAUAAUGAACUUACACGAAUUCAAAAUUCUAUUUAUCACAUACAAAAAAUAAAGACCGUUUGAAAUGAAACAGAACCAUUUUUCAUUGACGUACCUAUAAAAAGACGCUACAUGUUUGUAGAGCACAAAUGAAUACACGUCAAAAUAUUUGCACGGCUGUGCAAUACCAUUUUUACGGAGUCGCAAAAGCGGCACAUGUUUAUGAUAAUAAAGUUUUAUUAUGCUACAAUAAAGGGGAUAUGCUUGUAUUAUAUUUCACUGCUUAUAUUAUGUGUUAUGUAAGUGCUUCUGUAUGACUGUGAAAUAUUAUCAAGAGUUCAGUUUUGUACACAAGAUAAGUAUGCUUUGAUUCAGACACACUUGUUCAAAAUGUAUGAAUGAUUGACGACUUAUUAAAUUGUAUUCAAUACCAAAAUAAUGUGUAUCUUUAU